GAAAUUAAUAAAAACAGUUGAGAUACAGAAGAGAAAGGAAAUGAUAACAUGGGCUUUUCGUGAAUAAUGAGUCUCAUCUGGACACAAAUAUUGACGAACAGAUGGACAACAACAUGGAAGACAGUGGUUUCGAUAGCGAUCAGAAGUCUCAUAAUAAUGGCUAUCAGCCAGUCCCUACAAAACCCUUGGCCUACAAAGCUCUGAAGAAAACCUCAGAAUUGCAAAAAAAGAUAGAGAGACAGAGAGACAUGGCGAGAAGAUCCAAUUCUGUCCCGAUUGAUCAACAGCCGAAGAAAACCAGUUUUGUUUCUCGAUCUAGACUCACAGUGCCAAGUAGUAACAGCAGAGUGACCCAGAAAGAUAUAGAUAUGGAUGGUUCCUCUGCUGAUCAGCAGCCCUUAGUGGCGAUAAUGUCUGAUGACAGUGAGGAGGAUGAAUUUGAUAUACCAAGACUACCCAAGGCAGCACAAAAGGAAAUCACUGAACAGUUAAUCAAAGAUGGAUAUAACCUAGACCUAGAACCUGAUGAUGAGGACUUGGAUCUGAUACCUCCUCGCCCAUUGAAUGAGCGAUGUACCUGCUGUGGUGUGCCAAGCAAUUGCUACGUACAAUAGAAUGCUGCUGCUGUGUUAUUGAAAGUGGCAGAAUACAUGAAACUGAUGAAUGAUGUUAAAACAUUUUUGCACUCAUUCCAAAUUGUAUGCAGUUGAUCUGUAUAUCUAUGCGUACAAUAUGAAUAUGCCACCUUUUUUCACAGAGGAUAAGAUUAUAAUCUGCUGUUUAUAAUCUGGGAAAAGUGCAUGAUUGAUAAGGAGGACAUGUAAAAGUUAUUAAUAUGGAAAUGUGGUGUUGGUUUUUUAAGCAUAAAGAUUGAUUAUAUCUUUCGUACUUCUCUCUCAUAUUGAAUUAAUGUUUGUUUUUUAAUGAGUUCACUGCUAUGUAUUGUUUGAAGAUGUAGCUGGACUGCAUGUUGGAUGAUAUUAAAUCUGUUCAUAGACUUACGCAAGCAUUUAAACAUUGCUGUGUUUUCAGUCUAAUUUCAUUUGUAACAAUUAUUUGUUUAGCUUUAAGAAAACGACUUCCUCUUGUACUAGUUCAGCCUUGUCGCAAGCAAAUGUUUAGAUGUGGGUUGUGCCUCUAAAAUAUAGCACUUUUAAAAAGCCCCAACAGAACCAAAAUGUCAUAGAGUCGUAGACUGUUCUGCCAAGGGGAAAUGAAAGAGAGAAGAACUGCCCUGCAGAUUGAUUUGGUGUAGGUAGACCCCCGCGAUCAGUAAGAUGAAAAAAGUUCUUAAUCCAUCAGCAGUUUUAUUCAUUUCUAUGUUCUUAUGGGAUUGAAACAUGAGGUGUGAGAAAGUAAAGCACAUAUUCAAGAUCUACUCUCUUAAAUGAGUUGGGAAAGGAUACACCAGGAAGUUAUGUUCUGUGGUCUGUAACCAUCUGCUGUCCAAUAUAAAGUUAAUUUAGGGUUAUGUUGAAAUGUUCAUUUUCGAUUAAAGGUUGUUUCGUGUGGGAGAGUGUCAAAGAAAAUGAGAGAGAUGGUAUUCCUCAUACCAAUGAAAUAACUGCCAUAUUGAAUUACGCAAGAUGGGGUGAUGGGGAGAAGGUACAAUAUGACAUGGUUAGUUUAAUUCUUUAUUAAAAAAAAAAUAAUUUUCAAAAUUGUGUUGUUCAGAAUGUUUGUAUAUCUUCUUUGGGUUUGUCCCUACAUUAAUGUUUGUUCACAGCUGUUAUUUUGCUUCACAAUUUUUAAAAUGCUUCAGAUAGCCUAUUAUUUGGUUAAUAGUUAUUAAUAUGAUUUGGUCAUAGUAUCUCAAGUGUAGAUGUAAUUGUCUGCUUCUUUACAAUGUUUUAAGUUCCAGGGUUUUGGUUUUGUGGACCAUUGUUUAACAGUCUGGACUAAAAGAUAACCGUGUUCUGAAAUUUUAUGUGUUCAAUUUUUAAAAAAAUCUCAUCACAAUGGAAAGAUGAAUUUAUUGUGUCAUGUUAGUUCAUGUUCCUCUUGUUGAAAUUCUUCAGCAUUUUGUCCUUCAAAAGUACCAUUAAUUAUAGUUUUGUUUAGGUUAUGUGAAAGGUCUGAGCACAUAAGAAUUCAACUCUUUUUUCGCUUGUUUUGUUUAUCUACAAGUGAAAUUUUUUGUGAACUAAAAAAUUAUUGUUCUUCACCAUAGUUAUGUAUUUACAUAUUCCUACUGUGAGGAGAGGUUGAAAAGACGCCACUGUAAGACAAGAGAACUCUCUGGGAUAAAAGCAUGCUGCGUUUGUUUAGGUUUCUUUUCCUAUGGUUACGGUUUUAAAAAUAAUGUACAAUUCUCUAAAAUUAAAUUAAUUAAUGCUAUUGAAAUAUUAACUCUUUAACUCACUGACUACAGGCCACUUUCACCAGUCAAUAGCGCUUAGUACUGGCAUUUUUGGGGGUAUUUCAGAACACCACCACAACUCUCAGAAUUACCCUAUUGUAAUUUUUUUUAAUCCAGUAAAUUUACAUUUAAACUUAAUCUAUUGCAAAAAAAUUUAAGUUGUCUAGAUUUAAUACUUUAAUUCAUAUGAUUUUUAAAAAAUUGUCAUGAAUUUGAUUUGUCGAAACAUUUCCAGAGACGUGACAGAUACAAUGAAAUUCACAACAACAACAAAAAUAAAAGUUCAAAGUGUUCUGUUUUGAUUUGUAUCCACGUGUGAGUGUUUGGUGAAAAUAUAAAAGCUAGUCUGUGCAUUUAUUCAGACCCAUACACUGAAUUACAUUUGAAAGAUGUAGGGAACGAAGUUGUGAUUUCGUCGCGCGAACUACAACACCAGUAUUAGUGCUAGAUCUAGCCCUAAAACUGACUCGGGCCGUGUUUGGGUACAUAUCCAGAUCACAUCAUAUCUUGAGUCACUAGAACUAGCAAAACGAACAAAAGUUUCGAAAACAGCGAAAUUAUGUGAUUCUAGUUCAUGCGACCGUUACUUUGACAAGACUGUCGGAUUACUAUCAGCUGUAUAGAAAAAAAACAUAGAGCGAGUUCCGGUCAGGUCAACCCCAGAUGAGGUGACUGUCCUUCACCUUCAAUUACUUAAAAAGUUACCGCAAAAUUCCGCCAAACUUGGCAUAAAACGAAACAAGUGGCUAAACUAGCACUGGAGUCCGUUCCCGUGCAUGUGACGGGAGCACAAGAUACGGAACAAAAUUGCGAAUCCCACCCUGUCGGCCGUCCGCCCCAUACCUGUGACGGGAACCAUAGUCAAUUAGGUAAACUUGGAACUGUGCUCUCGGCAUUUGUCACGAAAUCCUGCAACUAUGAAAAAAUGCUGUCAGCUUUCAUCAGUAUUUUUCAUUAUCUCUACAAAUACGAGUUGUGCAUUCAUGAUUCCUAUAUUUUCAACUUUUGCCUGCAUUUAACUUUGAUUUGAUAUAUGAUAUGACUAGAUUCCUUUACAACAUGGGUGGUUUACAUAGGUCAUAUUGAAGAGUAAAGAUUUAAUUUAAAAAAAAAAAUUCCCAGAGAAUGUGUGUUCAAAGAGUUAAGAAAGAUAAAUUGCUUCUUGAUUCGAAAUGAAUGGAAAAGGGAGGUAUUAAAGGGGUACGGGGGUGCUAGGAGGAAUGAAUCUUGUGGGUGGUCGAGUGGAAAACCACAUUCAUGUAACUUAAUUACUUGUUGUUCCUAUGCAUUUUUUUUCACUGGCAUGAAUGUUAUAAUUAUUAUAUAGAUAUGGUAGUCUCAUUUUUUUUUCAGUUGUUUUGAACUAACUUUUAUCUUGCCUCAGAUCUGAUUCUUCAUGUUCAUAUGAACAAUUUACUUAUAGAAGGCAUUUACUUCUUUUGACAGUCUUCUAAUUCUGGGACCUGAAGUGUGGGAAUUUGCUUGUAAUAUAUUCCCAGGGGUAACCACUUUGUAAAAUGCUUAUGUUUACUUCUCAAAAGUUUUUUUGAUUACAUAAGAUAAAUAAAAAGUGGGUGCUUAUCUUGGUUUCUUCCAGUGGGGCAUGGGACAGGUCACCAGAGGUUUCCUCUUGGUCAGGAGAAAAAUCUUUGGCAAGUCCACCCCGUAGUAUCGGAUGAGCUUUGUUCACAAAGGAAUGGAGUGGAGAAAAAAAAA